AUGGAAUAUAUCGGUGAGAUAAUCACCAUAGAGGAGGCCGACCAUCGCGGGGCCAUCUAUGACGCCGGAGGAAUCACUUACCUCUUCGACUUGGACUACAAUGAAGAGGUGGACGGCUAUAAGUACGCGUUGGACGCCACCCACUCCGGCAAUGUCUCACACUUUGUCAACCAUUCGUGCGACCCAAAUCUGGACACACGAGUGGUUUGGGUCAACAAUUUGGACCCAUUUAUGCCACACAUCGCUCUGUUUGCCAUCAAACACAUCAAAAUGAAUGAAGAGCUCACUUUCGACUAUAAGAUCAAUGUGCAACGGAUUACCGCCAGUGCUAACGGCUCUCAGAUCAGUUGCUCUGAAAGAAGUUUCGAUUCCGGCUUCGAUGGCUCGACCACUGGUGCGAAGGAGACUCGAGAGGCAAAGACACUGGCGGUCACGUGUAGGUGCGGCGCUCACAACUGUCGCCAGUUUUUGUAUUCAUUGCCGCCGUCACAGACCUCUUAA